AUGCCACCAAGAGCGAUGCCACCAACAGCGAUCGAAACCACCAACGAGGCAAACGGCAGCGACAAGAAUGGCGAUGUCGCGUCGCAGACAAGCACCCGGGUCACCAAGCGGCAAUCUGUCCAGCGACCAUACACGCGCCCCGAGCUCGGCUCGCUCUACGACAUCAUGUACGACUAUUCCGGCACAUCGCUCUAUGUCCUCCCCAUCUGCUGGACUGAUCUCCAUUAUGAGCUUCUCGGCGUGGAUUUUGUGGAACGUCCAGUCAUCGACACGCCUGUUCCAGACCUUGUGCCGGACAGGUGGCUUGAGCCGUCCUCUUUUGCACGCGCAAUCACCUCGGAGCUGCACAUUCUGGUUCGCCCAGACAAAUCGCCCCGGACGUUUUGCAAAAACCGCUCCAUCAAGCAUGUGCUGGCAAAGCUGUUUCCUGAAACACUCUCGCGGGCCAAGACUGACGCAGAGCUCGAUCUAUUUUUCGGCCAACGUGUCUACAAGAAGGCGAUCCGGGUUCCAUGUGUGUGGCGAACUGCAUCCUGCACGGAGAAGUCGUUUGACUCGGCCACGACGAUUCCAUACACGUCCUUCGGCAAGGUUCCUUCCAGCUUCCAGGAUGCGAAUAAUCCCGGCAAUGCUCCCUUCUUAGCAUACAUCAAUCGGUCCCAACUCGCCGGGAUCCGCAAGAGCCUCUUCCGAGUCGUCCGCGGACCCGACCGCGGCCCAAAUGAGCCGGUGGCCAGUUUGCAGCGUCUGCGUUCCAAGAUGCUGAUCCCGGCUAACAUCGAUCAUGACCCCUACAUUGCUGCGAUCCUGCUCGGCAUGGCACAGGCACACUUUUACCGCCGCCCCCCAAAGGCGGCAAAGUCUUCUCAGGAGUCGUCGGACUCCCCGGCCGGCCAGAAGCCAGUCCGCAUGCCGCCGCCAAAGUUUCGCAAUGUCAAGGUUCAGGUUAUAACCCAUGAUGACGCCAACACCAUCGACCCCAAUUUCAUCAUCUACACGGCUACUGUCACCUCAACCUUUUUAAAUCGCUUCCUGCACCCGGACAAAGCGCCCGUUCCCAGAGACAGCGACAAGGCCGGGGAGGGUCUCCGAAUUACUUACCACCGCGUGCCGUUUUGGCCUGUUCUGGGGUUGAAGGAACGGCUCUCCAAGGCUCUCGGUGAGAGGAUUGCCGGUUACCCAAAAUAUGGCGAUCCUGACCACAUCGCUCUCUGGGAGGAGCUGCUGGAGCCCCCUCGACAAGCCUACUACCCCCCGCCAGCCCCGAGUCUGAAGAGGUCAUUCUAUGACCCCUUUGUGACCUGUGACAGCAGCUUUGACGGUGAUGAGGCCGACAGCUCUGAUGAACAAUCGAUCAUGAGUCCCGACGCUAAGAGGAGACGGACUACACAGUCGAUCAGUACAUUGGAAGUGUGUUAG